UAAAUGGCGCUAAAUUCGAAAAGAAAGAUGUUUCUCAAAUAACCCCACCAGACAACGAAGACCUAAUUUCUAAAUGACCUAAAUGAUCUAUCUACCUGACCUUGCAUCAUCAUCUAAAUCAUUCUCUAAACUUUUGAUUCGACCAGAAAAUCUUUAUCUCCCCAUUGAUCAUACGGCUUCCACGGAGUUAUUCACACACCACUGCACCAGACUCUAGAUCUACCACAGACCCUGUCACAAAUCACGAUCCCCCCAUAUUCAGCCCAUUUUGAUACGAUUCGGGACAACGGUACGCUUGCAGUAGCCAGCUUGGAGCCUUGAAAUUGAUAGAAGAUUUCCACUUUCGGCAACACCAUCAUCUUAGAACAUGCCUCCAACCCAGUUACCCGCCUCGGGCAAUCCCUUGUCAGUAAUGUCUAUGCAAGCUUCAUCGUUUGAGGAAGGCCACCAUUUUACUGACAAAUACGUGAAUAGAGUCUUCUUUGAUAUCACAAUUGGAGGUCAGUCAUAGUGCACGGCAUCACCCGUCAAGAAAAUCCCUAUUUCGGGAACUUAUUAAAAACAGAAACGGCGGCGUCUAAAGUUAGCAUUCCAGUAGUUUCGGGACGUUCCACUACAUGUCGUGGUGAUCUCUUUGUUAUCCGGCACACGUGAUUUACUCCCCUCGAUUUUCUAUGUCUGUUGGAAGUCCAUCACGUGUUAUCUUCAAGAGGUGUUGAGUCAAUCUCUGACACUAUCCAGGUGAGCCACUUGGUCGUAUCCAAUUCGAGCUCUUUGCCGAUGUAGUUCCCAAGACGGCUGAGAAUUUCCGUCAAUUCUGUACUGGAGAAACCAAGAACCAUCUCGGUAGACCACAAGGAUACAAAGGCAGUAAAUUCCAUCGAAUUGUAUGUUUCUCAUUCAUUGCACCUUUCUUUGCCACUUAGAUCUAACAUUAUGCGUAGAUUAAGGAUUUCAUGUGUCAGGGUGGUGACUUUUUGAAUGGGGAUGGCACUGGUUCUACUUGUAUUUAUGGAUUGAGUAAAUUCGACGAUGAGAAUUUUACUAUAAAGCACACGGAACCGGGACUCUUGUCAAUGGCUGUAUGUUUCUCACGCCUGUCUCUGCAGUCAAUCUCUCCUUAAACAUGAAACUAACCGUCACACAGAAUGCCGGUCCAAAUACCAACGGCUCUCAAUGUAAACACCCGAUUUCUCAAACACUUUUGCAACACAACUUUAAUCUCUCUUCCCUCUACUCUAUCCUCCCAGCAACAGCCAAAUCACUAAUUCCAAUAUAGUCUUCAUAACCACAGUACCAACACCCUUUCUCGACAAUAAACACGUCGUCUUUGGUAAAGUCGUCGAUGGAAUGGACGUCGUUCGCAAGAUGGAAAAUACGCGCACGAAUCCGAAGGAUGCACCUACAUUACCAGUUGUCAUUUCUCUCUGUGGAGAAAUGUAAAAUUGGCACUUAGAGCAUAUGGAUCGGGUGGAAGGGAAAGGGAACGACCGAGGAUGGGAAUGUAUGAAUGCGUGAAAUUGAAAUCGUAAGCUUGCUCUGAAUUGGUAUAUGAUAGAGAACGGUCGAGAGGUCACUUCCAAGGGGCAGGCUGUGCAUACAGAUUUAAGGAUAUGAUACUGGGAUAUUGAUACAAAAGAUUAAAUCACGAAUUCUUAUCUUCUUUUUUCUCAUCUUAUUAUAUCUCAUUUCAUCUCAAUUUAUCUCUUCUCACCUCUU